CAAAUAUGUCACAUCGUCAGGUUUUUUUUGUUAUUUAACUUGUCACCCAGGUGCGGUUGUAGUGACGUUUUAUAUUUACGAGUAUAAAUGCUGGCUGAAGUGUCUGUUGAAAAGGAAAAUACAUAUCAGAAGUGUGCGAAUUAGAAUAGUCGAGAUCCUUGGUGAGGUCAGGACAGCAUGUUAUGAUAACCACUUACACACGCCAAGACGACAUGCGAUUAAUCUUACCAUGAAAUUAUGUGUAACUUUCCAUGAGCCCCACGCUGUUGUAAAGCUUAUAUUUUUUACGCGAAGAACAAAUAGCAUAAAUGCAAACCGUGGACGGAAAAAAGAGAUUAACCGUUGACUGGCAGAAUGUGAUAGGAGAUCAAGUUUGCGGUUCAGGAAAAUUUUCGAUAUUCCGUACUUUAGCAUACAAUAGAUUUGUAGAAAACUAUGGACAAGUCGAGUUUAAUAUGGGACGAACACGAUAUUGUACUGGCAGCUCCUACGAGGGAUCUGCGAAUGCAUUAGGUUUUUCUGGUCUUGGACGGUAUACAUAUCCACACGGAGCGAUCUACACAGGCUUUUUCAAGAACGGACAGUUUCACGGGGCAGGUGACCUAAUCUACCCCAAAGGACAUCGCCUGCAGGGGAUUUGGGAGAAAGGCAGACUGAUACGCAGCAAGUUUAUCUUCCCAGAUGGACUGGAGUACGAUGAACAUUGGAAGUACUGCAAAUUCCCUAACAGAUUCUAUCAUGGGGAGAAUGAGGAACGAGGAACUGGUUGUCUUGAUCGUUAUAAGGAUAGGUUCGACCACAUUGAGUUGAAAGACAAUGAAUACUUUACGGGAGAUGGGAUAUUUGACGCUGACACCAAACGUAUCCGCACCCUCGACAACAAGAUUCUCAGGGUGGUAUCCUGCAAAGAAGAGGCCAUAAUUAAGAAUGAGUUCAAGAGAGGCGGUGACCAUAAUGUAGGGCUGAAGCGAGAUCUGUACGAACACUGGAUAUUGGGCAGGCAGAAUGAGGUGGAACAAAUACUUGCAGUUGAUGAUGCCUCAACAUCGGACCAUAUCGAGUCUCGACACUUGUUUGACCAGCCGGAGAAUAUUAGUGACUGUACGCUGGUGCAUUACUAAAAAUAAGAUCGAAAUUGGUAAUCAAUAAAGAGCUGGUAACUAGGAC